CGUCGAGAUCAAGUCCCGAUUCGAGUAGCUUACGUACGUACACGGAGAGCGAGCAAGACUUCGUUUCCCAAUCGCCCGUCUGCCUGCAGCAAGAAUUUGGAAAUUUGGUGUCGGUUUCCGGUGCGACAAGUGCAGCAAUCUGCUUCCGGUGCAGGCGUGAAUUUGUGCGUGACGUGUCGGAAAAUCCUUGUGGAGUGUGUGGAAAUUUUGAAAUCUUUUUUUUUUCCUUUCCGUCGUCGGAAUCGUGGUGGAGGAGCUCUACUGCUGCUGCUGGUUCUUCGGAGAAGAAGUUGGUGUGUGAGUGUGUGUGUUUGCGUGCGUAGCACCAGGCGCGCGCGAGAUUGUAUAUGUGAGGGGCAGAGUGGGACGGUGAAAAAGGUUAUUUUUUUUUCGAUUUUGAAGAGGUGGCAAGUGACACUAGCAAGUAGCUAUCCGGCCAUAUCGUGAAGAGGAGGAAAAGUUUGAAGGUUUGUUGGUUGAUUGUCUCGGGAAGAACGAAGGAAGAAAACGCAACGAAACCGGAUUUCACUAUCCUGGGAUUGCUCCUGGAAGUUGAGGAUCGUCAAAGGGAAUCGUGUCGUCGUGAUCUAUACAGUUUGGCCGUGAAACAGUGUGAGUGCAUUCCCAUGAGUGGUGAUUAGUUAGUCGGUGAGGCAAAUGUUAUUGGUGAUAAAGCAAUUGAGGUGUUACAACAACCAGCGGUAGCUAUUAGUCUACCCCAUCCAAAACCAAAAGUUCGUAUCGAAAACGCGCGAGUGUGUAACGAACGGCGAAAUCAUAUAAAGUCGUAAUCAGUCAUCAUCAGCACAGUUUGUGGCGUGGAAGAUUGUGGUGCCAUCGUUCUAGGGAGGGAACAUACUCAAUUAAGUAGAUAGCUGCCUAAGCCUGCCAGGAACAGGAAAACAAAGAAGGAGGAAGCGACGAGAGAACACAAAACCAAAAGCCGCGGAAGAUGAAUGCCUCCGACCAUGGGUUCAAUCCAGCAUUUAACAUGGCCACCAUAAGGCAGGCGAUCAAUGAAACGAUAGAACGAGACUUUGGUGCUCUUCUCAAAACAGUUCGCAUCCCGACGCCAACCCGCCUGCGGGACCUCAUCCGACAGAUCCGUGCCGCCCGAACGGCCGCUGAGGAACGGGCGGUCGUGAACCGCGAAUGCGCCUAUAUCCGUAGUACAUUCCGAGAGGAGGACUCCGUGUGGCGAUGUCGGAACAUUGCCAAACUCCUGUACAUUCACAUGCUCGGCUAUCCGGCGCAUUUUGGCCAGCUCGAGUGUCUCAAGCUCACCGCCAGUCCCCGCUUCACAGACAAACGGAUCGGCUACCUCGGAGCGAUGCUACUGCUAGACGAACGACAAGACGUGCAUCUGCUGAUUACCAACUGUUUGAAGAAUGACCUGAACAGUACGACACAGUUCGUGGUAGGUCUGGCGCUUUGUACCCUGGGAGCUAUCGCGUCUCCGGAGAUGGCUCGCGAUCUGGCCGGCGAGGUGGAGAAACUGAUGCGCUCGCCCAAUGCAUACAUUAGGAAAAAAGCGGCGCUUUGUGCAUUUCGAAUCAUCAAGCGGGUACCGGAGCUGAUGGAAAUCUUCCUGCCCGCCACCCGGUCCCUGCUGAACGAGAAGAAUCAUGGUAUCCUGAUUGCCGGCGUAACCCUCAUCACGGAAAUGUGCGAGAAAAGCCAGGACACGUUGAAUCACUUCAAAAAGGAUAGUGGAAAUCAAGAGAUUGUCCCCAAUCUGGUGCGAAUCUUGAAAAAUCUAAUCCUAGCUGGAUACUCGCCGGAACAUGACGUCAGCGGAGUGAGCGAUCCAUUCCUGCAGGUGAAAAUCCUCCGGUUACUGAGAAUACUUGGCCACAACGAUCCGGAUGCUUCCGAGGCGAUGAACGAUAUCCUCGCCCAGGUUGCCACCAACACCGAGACGAGCAAAAACGUCGGCAACACGAUUCUGUACGAGACGGUGCUGUCGAUUAUGGAUAUCAAAUCGGAAGGUGGUCUCCGGGUCUUGGCAGUCAACAUCCUGGGCCGUUUCCUGCUGAACAGCGAUAAAAACAUUCGCUACGUCGCGCUCAACACCCUGCUGCGAACGGUCCACGCCGACAUCAGUGCCGUCCAGCGGCAUCGUAGCACCAUUCUGGAAUGCCUGAAAGAUCCGGACGUUUCGAUACGGCGCCGUGCGAUGGAACUAUCGUUUGCGUUGAUCAAUUCCCAGAACAUCCGGGCCAUGUCCAAGGAGUUGUUGAUUUUUCUGGAGAAGGCGGACGCCGACUUCAAGGCACAGUGCAGCAGUCGGAUGGUGCACGUUGCCGAACGGUACGCCACCUCGAUCCGCUGGCGGCUGGAUACGCUGCUGAGUGUGCUGAUAGCGGCUGGUAAUUACGUGCGGGAUGAUGUCGUAUCGUCCACAAUUCAGCUUAUUCUGAAUAGUCCACCGGAAGAGCAGGCUUACAUCGGACUCAGACUGUGGGAUUCGCUCCACAAUAUCACCAAUUCGUUCGAAGAUAAACAACCCCUGUUACAGGUAGCCGUCUGGACCAUUGGAGAGUACGGAGAUCUAUUGCUGAGUAGCGAGCGUAUUGAAGAUGUUGAAAUUCCUGCAGAGAGUGAACUAGUGGAACUGUAUCAGAAGUUGCUGUGGACUACAUCGGUAUCGACGGCCAGCAAGCAGUAUGCGCUGGUGUCGCUGGCCAAGCUUAGCACGAGGAUCCACUCGAAGGAAGAGGAAACUCGGGCGAAACAGAUCAUCGAGGCAUUCGGUACUCAUCUGCACAUCGACCUGCAGCAGCGAGGUGUGGAGUUUUCGCAGCUCUUCCGUGACUACAGUCAUCUGCGACCGGCGCUAUUGGAAAAGAUGCCAAAAAUUCAGAAAUCACUGUCAAAUGGCACCGACGGUGGUGGUAGCGUCUUUGACGAGCACUCAAAUAGUAUUGAUCUGAUCGAAGGUGACGACAUGGAGAGCAGCGGGUUGAUGUCUCUUUCCAUAGGAGGAGGAGGCGGAGGGGGAAGCCUAAAAGUGGGUUCGGAUACGAACGCCCUUCUGGAUCUAUUGGGUGGAGAAGGGGAUGAACCGGCGGAAGGAAUCGGCCUAGUUCCAUCGACUAACUCCAUCAUUCCAACGACAACAGCAACCAACGGAAAGGCUCCGACGCCCGGCAGUUCCAACAAUCAGGACCUGUUGGAUCUGCUCGGAGGACUGGACAUGCCGAUCAGCACUCCACCGGCUGCGAUUGCUCCUCUUGGCGGUGGCGGUGGAGGUAUUGGCUUGGAUCUUAAUAGUCUGAAUGAUAACAGCAUCAAGGCAGUCACAACGAGCACCAUCAUCAAUGCUGUGGCUACUACUCCUGGAACCACGACGACGGGAGUCACGGGUUCUUCCUCAUUUGGUGGAUUGGAGAAUCUACUGAAUUCGAACUUGACGUCGCCAAACACGGCGGUAACAAUUCCAACGGAGCUGGCUUCACCGACAGCCAUCAUCAAUAGCAGUAGUACCGUCAAUAGCCUUUUUAGCGAUUUUUCGUCGAUUAAUAAUAAUGAGGAGCACUCGAAAACUCUGACAGCCUUAGAUAAGAACGGUCUACUGGUACAGUUGCUGGCAAAGAAUAGCGGUGGAUGUCUGCAGAUCAUGAUGACAGCUGUAAAUAAUUCGUUAACCACGCUAGAACAAUACUUAUUCCAGGCUGCUGUUCCUCGAAGCUUUACGUUACAGAUGCUUUCGCCAUCUGGGUCUACACUGCCGCCCGGUGGAACCAUUACGCAGGAGAUGCGAGUAUCCAGCACUGCUAAGGCCACCCUCCGGAUGCGACUGCGGAUAUCCUACCAGUGCGAUGGUAACCCGAUUCUGGAACAGACCGAGGUGUCCGGUUUCCCCGAGGAGCAAACACCGCUCGAAUGAGGUCCGAAUUGGAACGUAAACAUUACGGUCAAAUUUUAGUUUGCUUCUGCGGCCCGUUCCGCGCGUUCGGAACCACCGUCGGGCAAGUGCGGACACUGAGAAUUUAAGUUUCGGUUAUUUUUCUCUGUCAUGUGAGUUUAUAUAUUUUUAAGUAAUUUAGGGACAAUUUUUAAAUAAUUUCUAAACAAUUGUGACAAACAAACAAAAAUCGUCAGUCCUUCCGAUCUACUCUAACUGGAUGAAAAAAAAAUAAGAAAAAAAGAUUGUUUAUUUGCGGGAAGAAGCAACUCUCAGAAAAGAAAACUAGUUAACUAACCCCUUAAACUGCUAUGAAUUAUAUUCAAAAAUUAUAAAUCUAUAUGAAAAAAAAAAAUGCAAGUAACAGAAAAAAACACUACUAGUGAGAUAGAUAAUAUAUAAUUAAGGAGCAAUUGGUAGCACGAUCGCGUGAGUGUGUGCGUCUAGUGUGUGAUCGGGUCGAGUUGAGAGAAGCUGUAAAUAUUACUACUAAACUGAAAGAGAAGCGAUAUUAUUAUUACCCUAGAAUCGGUUCGUGCACGUAAGAAACCCCAAGUUUUAGGUAAACAGGUGAUUCGAGGAAAAG